AAGAAGCCGGGCGAGAGCAUCUUUUCCAAAGCGAGCACCGCAGCCGCCUCGGGGGGUGGGGGGACGGGGGAGGCCGCCUCCGGAGCGCCUCGCCCCGCCGCUUCUCCUGCUCCUGCUCCAACGCCGGUUGCCAUGGCCGAGAUCGCCAGCGUCCGCCCCAGCUUCGAUGUCUCCCCCAUUGUGGCCGGCCUCAUCGGGGCCACCGUCCUGGUGGUGUCGGUCUCGGUGACGGUUUUCGUGUGGACCUGUUGCCACCAGCAGCUGGAGAAGAAGCAGAAGAGCGCCCCGUACAAGUUCAUCCACAUGUUGAAAGGCAUCAGCAUCUACCCGGAGACCCUGAGCAACAAGAAGAAAAUCAUACGGAUCCGGAGAGACAAGAAGGGCGUGGCCAGGAAAGACGGGAACGGACACCUACUGGCGGACGCGGCCGAAGCUGGCUUGGUGGGCUCCGAAAAAACAUCCGGCGGGUUGAACUCGGCUUCUUCCGUCAACCAACUCCCCGUCAAAGUAGAGUAUGGAGAAGAACCAAGUCCUCACCAAAGCUUGACCCCGGCGGGGAGCAAGACCUCCUCGUUGUCUUCUCCGGAAGAAGACAUCACGCUAGGGACUCUGACCUUCUCGGUGGAUUACAACUUCCCCAAAAAGGCCCUGGUGGUGACCAUCCAAGAAGCUCACGGGUUGCCGGUGAUGGACGAGCACAACCAAGGUUCGGAUCCUUACAUUAAGAUGACCAUCCUGCCGGAUAAGAGGCACCGCGUCAAGACUAGGGUUCUCCGGAAGACCCUGGACCCCGUCUUCGACGAGACCUUCACCUUUUACGGCAUCCCCUACAGCCAGCUUCAGGAUUUGGUCCUCCACUUCCUGGUGCUCAGCUUCGACCGUUUUUCUCGAGAUGACGUCAUCGGGGAGGUGAUGGUACCACUCGCGGGGGUGGAUCCCAGCACCGGGAAAGUCCAUCUGACGAGGGAGAUCAUCAAGAGGAACAUACAGAAAUGCAUCAGCAGAGGAGAGCUACAGGUGUCCUUAUCCUACCAGCCUGUCACUCAGAGGAUGACUGUCAUGGUGUUGAAGGCAAGGCAGCUGCCUAAGAUGGACAUCACUGGUCUCUCAGGUAAUCCUUACGUCAAGGUGAACGUCUACUACGGCAGGAAGCGGAUCGCGAAAAAGAAAACCCACGUGAAGAAGUGCACUUUGAACCCCAUCUUCAACGAGUCGUUCAUUUACGACAUCCCCACCGAUCUCCUGCCGGAUGUCAGCAUCGAAUUCCUGGUGAUCGACUUUGACCGGACCACCAAAAACGAAGUGGUCGGACGGCUGAUCCUAGGGGCGCACAGCGUCACGGCCGGCGGAGUGGAACACUGGCGGGAAGUGUGCGAAAGCCCCCGGAAGCAGAUCGCAAAGUGGCACAGCUUGAGCGAAUAUUAGCAGGGUACACGAGGAAGGCGCGGGUGCGUCGAUUCACACCCGCGCCCCACCUUCAAGAGACUUUCUCCCCCCCUCCCCAAGAAACCCCUCCCGUCCCCCAAAAAAACAGCCCCUUCUAUUUUAGCCGUAGAACUGACCGUUUCCAUAAGAAGCAGCUGACUGGUUCUCUUUUGUGACAUUGUUUACAGGGCCCGCACACACACACACACACACACACACACACACAACACGACGACACGAAAACACAUACCCAGGUUCUACAAACCGUGGGAAAGGGGGGGGGGGAAGGAAAAAGAGUGCAUUAAUUUUAAGAAUACCACAAAACCUAUAUUUAAAAAACAAAACAAAAAAAAAGCGUAAUCACACUACUAUUGCAUGCCGAUUACAGACGUCGAGAAAAAGAAAAAAAAAAGAAAAAACACCAAAAAAAAAUUAGUAUAACUUAACCAGUAUCGAGAUGCAGGUUUUUUUUUUUUUGUUUUGUUUUGUUUUGUUUUUAAUUAAAAAAAUGCAAUUUUAUCUGUCACUACGAGAAGUUGUGUUUUUGUGCUGAACAGUCUUUUGCAGGUAUUCACAAUUGGUUCUAUUCAGCUUUUCUUCCUGAUUUUCUUUUUCUAAAAAAAAAUUACAUAUAUAUAUAUAUAUAUAUUCUCGUGUCGAUUUGCUGGUUUUUUUCUUCGCUUGCCCCUUACCUCAGUUUGAAAACCUCUUGCCGUUUUUUUUUUCCUCCUAUAAUUUGGGUGAAUUAACUUCGCUUGUACAUAACACGCAGUGGCUUUAGAGGCAUUUAACACAAUUUCCUUUUUUGGAAGUGAGUGGGGGGGGAGGGCGUAAAAAGCAAAAUAAAAUAAAAUAUGCCUGAAUGGCAAGCGGCUGUUAAAAAAAAAAAAAACCCAUUUCCUGUAAAAACAAAUGUGGGAUUAACUCAGCAAUGGACGUGACGUUAUCAGCAAAUUUUCUGUGAGCAAAAACUGCCCCCCUUCCUGCUUUAUGGCUGAAUAAACUUUCCAAUUUAAAAGAAGCGUUUUUUAUUUUGGUUCUCCCCCCCCCCCCAAAUUUUAAUUUUGCACACCGAAGCAAAAAGAUGUGCUUUAUUUUAUAUUUUUUUUCCUUUUAAAAAAAGAAAAACCUGGAAUAGUUCUUAAGGAAAAGUGCUCAGGGUAUAAAUAGAUUUAGGGUUAUUUCAGGGGUGUGGAACUUGGCUGUUUCGGUUUCACUCAAAUCCCCUGUUGGCAUGCCAAAUCGACAAGGCCGAUGGGAGUUGUGAUCCAGAAGGACCCAUGGUUCCCACCUGUGUGUCUUUCCAGACCUAUGGAAACAGUUCUUAUUUCUCCACAGGAGUCAUGGAAAAACGAAGGAUGAUUUUUUUUAAAAAAAAAUAAUAAUAAUAAAAUAAUGAACUUCCACCAUCACCAUAACAGACGGGAAUUCUUUUCGUGGAAGCUGCUUUAACCAUAAAAAUUUUCCCCGAGAUGUGAUGUCCUUUUUCUUUCUUUCCUUUGCUUUCCACCUUGUGUCUGUUGUAAAAACGAUUUUAAAAAAAAGAAAAAAAAAUUAAAAAGGAGCUUAAAAAAAAAAAAACAAAUUUAAAACUUUGUGAAAAAAAAAAAAAAAUGGGUAAAAAAAAAAAAAACCCGGAGAAAACUCAAGCCAUGUACAACCGCAUAAAUGCUGUUCUACUAACCUAACCAACAUGUAAAAUGCUAUGUGUAACGUCAAUAUUGUUUUAAUGCACAUCCGGACAUUCAAAUAAAAGAUGGAGUCACUUUA